CCCCAACAUCUUGCAUCUCACAGCUGCGCAAGUCCACUCUUGACACACAAUGCCACCUUCCGGCGCGGCUUACAACAUCGAUUGGGUGUGGUCUUUCGACUCCAACACACACGUCGCAACCCACCGCGACUGGUUCACAACCUUCACACCUCUCACUUCCCAAAUCAGCAGCACGCACAUCAGCUCCACAUACUCCGUAGAAGGUAUAGGUUCAGUCGAGAUCGAGGUGCGCAGGAUCAUCGGCAACGCAGCAAAGAGGAACGUGGGACCGAAGAACUCCAAAGUCGUACUUCGCAAUGUGUUGUAUGUACCAGACUUCAUCUGCAAUGUGAUGGGCAAUACCGUGCGAGAGGAUUACGACAUCUCAAUUGGCGCGGAGAGGUGGAUCAUAGAUAAGAAAACGGGACGGGGCAUCGGCAUGUUGGACAAGAACCCUGCAGGGCUGGUCAAGAUCCUGUUGAAGGGACAGGCGAAGGGUGAGACGGGGUUGAAGGGCGAUGUACCAGCCAGAAUUACUGUUGAGUGGUCAGACGAGGAACAGCAGAAGUAUAAAGCUCAGAAGGAAGCUUGAGACACCACAAAGGAUACUCGAAUGAUCAUUUCACGACAACGCCGCCUAUUAUCACCGAUCCACCAAGAUUGAGCUCGGCAUCAGCUAUAGGUGGGAUGCUUCUGCUGCACGGACAUGGUUCUGGGUUCCACUUUCAGCGGCGGACAACGAUCAAAAGCUUGAGACUGGGGGCAUCGCAUUUGGACCGAAAGCAAUGACCGGCUAGAAAUUUGCGAAGACAAAGUCCCGGUGAGCAACACAUAAUGUGCGUUAUGUAUUCCCUUAGAUUGCAUAGCAAAGCCUCGACGUCGAGCGAACAUAGAUCAAUAUGUCGUGGU